CCAGUCGUGUAUAAAUUGGAGCUGGUUCGUACGACGGUACUUAAUCUACUUCAAGUUCUUGAAAGUAAAAGAUUAACUACUUUUCCUGAAGUUGAACUUUUUUGAACAGUUCGGUUUUUUUUCUAUCGGUUUACAAGUUUCAAGAACUCUACUGCAAAAAUGGUUGCAACGCUCAAUUUAUUCGCCCCAGAGAAGGUGGAGAAAGUCGAAGCCCAGCUAUUGCAUCAUGUGAACAUUCCGUUCGAGAAGGCUACUUUCGGGAUGGGAUGUUUCUGGGGGUGUGAUGCGUUGUUCGGUGCAACCAAGGGCGUUCUGCGUACUUGCGUUGGGUAUUCCGGAGGUACUACCUCAGCUCCCGUGUACAAAAAUAUGGGCGAUCACACCGAGGUGAUUGAAAUUCAUUACGACCCGAACGUGAUCAGCUUCUCUGAUCUGUUGGAUCUGUUCUGGAACAACCACGAGUACGGUCUGACGACCCGCAUCAAGCGCCAGUACAUGUCGCUGGUUCUGUAUCACAAUGAGGAGCAACGCCGCAUUUCGGAGGAAAGUCGAGCCGAGGAGCAGAUUAAGCGAGCUCCGGAGCAAAUUAUAACCGAAAUUGCUCCUGCUGGCCAGUUCUAUCCCGCCGAAGAUUACCACCAAAAGUAUCGCCUCCAAGGUCAUCGCGAUUUGGCAAAGAGCAUUGGUUUAACGCCCGAGCUGCUCGCCAAAUCGCACGUGGCAGCGCGGUUGAACGGAUACCUGAUCGGCGUUGGCGGUCUGGAGCAGUUCGAUAAGGAUACCGACCGGUUGGGGCUGAGCAACGAUCAGGCGCAGUACGUUCGGGAUUAUGUGCGCGAAAACGAGGGUGGUGGCAUUUUCUGUUAGUGGGGAUACAUGGGUGGACGCCGGGGGUAUUUAGCUAGAUUGGGGUAAUGCUUUUAUUCGAAUGUUUAGCAUGGUGGAUAAUGUUUUUAUAAAAUGUUGUCAUAUAAAUUGUGAUAGGGCUAGGCUUAUGUAAAUAGGUUAAGUAGUCACCGGAAAAUAGUCUAAUGGCGGCUUUAGUUGAUAGACAUUGUUAUUAUUACUUAAAGAAUGAAAUAUACAUCCUUGAAUUGCUUGAAA